GAGCGAAAAAAGAGCAAACAAAAAAAAAAAAACAGUCCACCUUCUUCUUCCCAUAAUUCUCUCUCUCAAAACCCUCAAAAUUUUAAUCAGAGGGGAGAGAGACGAAUAUGGGAAAUUAAUCUCGACCGUCAUUAGAGAAUCAAAAGAAUUCGUGAUGUCCAUCGAAGGGAGAGAGGCGACAGAGAGGAGAAAGUGCCCUAGAGUUUGAAGAAAAGAGGGAAAUUUAAGAAAUUUUAGGUUAGAAAAGUUUUAAGGCUCUCUUGAACCGGCGAGAUUCUGUGCAGAAAAUCAUGGACUGGGUUAGUGACAGCGACGAUGAUUACAAUUGGGAUACUCAUGAGGCAGAUCUAGUUCCGGCUUCCAACAGGAGUGCUGGCCCAUCAAAUAAAGCCAGUACCAGCAAUAGUGAGGAAAAGCAUGACUCUGGUGAUAAGAAUUGGGAUAGUGAUGAAGGAGAAGUUCCUGCUCAUGAUGUGCUUUCCGGUCCACCAAAGGAGGCUUCUGAGGCAGGUCCAUCUGGUAAUAAUUGGGUAGCUCACUUCGUAGCAAUGGGGUUUCCUGAGGAGUUGGUGGUGAAAGCAAUCAAGCAAAAUAGAGAAGGAGAUACAGAUGGCGUACUCGAGACAUUACUUACGUAUGGUGCUAUUGAGAAAUCUCCUAAAAGAGAAGAAUCCCCAGAACACUGUUCUUCGGCAAGUGAUGAAGGCAUUUUGGAGGAUGAAUUCUCUGAUAUGGAAGACUUCGAAUUUGAGGAUCUCACUGAUGAUAUAUCUGAAAAGGACAAAGUAGUAUCGACUUUGGUGGAUAUGGGCUUCCUUGCGGAGCAGGCAUCUGCAGCCAUUGAUAGAUGUGGCCCAAAUGCUUCCAUUUUAGAGCUUGCGGACUCCAUUCAUGCUGCACAGAUGCAAGAAGGGCCUGGUGACGGUUGGGAUUGUCCUGCAUUUAGUUCUGAUGAUGAGAAUUGCACAUAUAAAGGAAAGAAGAGAAGUUUCCAAUUAGAGAAAAAGAAGAAGAGAUCCCUUAUGUAUGAACGUAAAAGGGUAUCCAUGAAAAGGGUGAGGCCGAACUUUGACGAUGAUGGAACUUCUCUAAUCAUACCAAAUCCGAUGAUCGGGUUCAGCCUUCCUUUUAAACCCCCACGCAUCACUCACCGGAAUCUUCCAGAGGCGGCCAUCGGUCCACCAUUUUUCUACUACGAAAACGUUGCUUUGGCUCCAAAGGGAGUUUGGGAGACUAUUUCCCGAUUCCUUUAUGACAUCGAGCCAGAGUUUGUGGAUUCCAAGUUCUUUUGCGCUGCUGCGAGGAAAAGAGGAUACAUCCACAAUCUUCCGAUAAAAAACCGAUUCCCUCUCCUACCGAUCCCUCCAAAGACUAUCCACGAAGUCUUUCCUACAACCAAGAAGUGGUGGCCAUCUUGGGACCCUAGGACUCAUCUUAACUGCCUCCAAACCUGCAUAGCUAGUGCAAAGCUCACUGAGAGAAUCCGCUCCGCUUUAACUGAAUCUGACGGGGGCCCAUCAGAGAGAAUAAAAAAAUGGAUUCUUUACGAAUGCCGCAAAUGGAAUUUGCUGUGGAUUGGGCUCAAUAAGGUCGCUCCACUAGAACCUGACGAGGUCGAGAUGCUGUUAGGGUUUCCACGGAAUCACACGAGAGGCAUUUCUAGAACUGAGAGAUAUAAGUCUUUAGGGAACUCGUUCCAGAUUGACACCGUAGCUUACCACCUUUCGGUGUUGAAAGACAUGUUUCCUAAUGGAAUUACGGUUUUAUCCUUGUUCUCAGGGAUUGGGGGAGGUGAGGUGGCUCUUCAUCGUCUAGGCAUUCGUAUAAAGGCUCUGGUUUCAGUUGAGUUGUCUGAUAGCAGCAAAAAUGUUGUGAAGAGCUGGUGGGAGCAAACUAAUCAGAUGGGCACUUUGAUCCAUAUCUCUGACGUCCAAAAGCUUGAUGGCAAUCGACUGGAGCAGUUUAUCAGAACUUAUGGCGGGUUUGAUUUGGUGAUUGGAGGCAGCCCCUGCAAUAACUUAGCGGGCAGCAAUCGGCAUCACCGAGAUGGGCUGGAGGGAGAACACUCAGCCCUGUUUUAUGAUUAUUUUAGAAUUUUAGACCAUGUGAAGUGUUUAAUGGGGAAGAAUUAGGAAAGGAAGAAGAUCUAAUUAUAGUGUUUCGAACUGACUCAGGUUUUUUUCUGGCAAAAUUGUUUAAAAUUUUGUUUUCCCCCUUUCUUUUUUCUUUUUUUGGGGGGGGGAGGAAGAUUUGCCGGGGUGGAAAAAGAAAGCAUAUUGUAUCUAAGACCUUCUAACUUGGGUACCAUAUGAUCUUACUUGAGCUAAUUGCACCUAUCCUUGUUUAGCUGCUGUUU